CAAGCAAGCCAUGCGUUUUUCACACAGCCACGGAAACCUUUUCCAAUAUUUAGCCACCUUUUCUGGAACUUUUUCUAUUAUAACUUCUGGGAUUAAUUUGGGAUGGACAUCUCCCUAUUUGCCUCAACUUCUCAGUGCCAACUCUACUAUUCCCACGACUAGUGAUGCAGGCUCUUGGUGUGCCGUUAUGCCCCUUUUGGGAGCUCCAGUCGGAGCACUCCUUGCCGCAGUGUUGGUUGACAUAAUCGGCAGAAAAAACACGACGCUGCUUAUGACUCCAAUAAUUUUCUUUUCGUUCAUCUGGACUGCUUAUGCCAACAACAUUUGGGUUAUCUCCGGCAUCAGAUUUAUAAUUGGGGCAACUGAAGGUGCCCUUUACACCGCUUUACCUAUGUACAUUGGUGAAAUUUCUGAUCCUAAAAUUCGUGGAUUUUUGGCAUCGACACCGACAAUUGCAGGAAUCGCUGGUACACUUUUUAUUAAUAUUAUUGGCCAGAAAUAUUCGAUUUUCACAUCGUCGCUAAUUUGCGCUCUUGUUCCCUUGGUUCAUUUCGCAACUUUCGUUUGGAUGCCGGAAUCUCCGUAUUAUUACAUCAAGAAACACAAAGUGGCGGAUGCUGAGAAAAGUUUAAAAAUAUUGCGAGGAACUGAAGAUGUUGAAGAUGAAUUGGAUUUAUUGUGUAAAGCCGUAACGAGACAAGAACAAAGCAAAAAGGCCAAAGUAACGGAUCUUUUCACUGUUCCGAGCAAUAGGAGAGCUUGUUUCAUUUAUGUCAUUAUUUGCCUAACUAACAAGUUUAGCGGCAAAAAUCCGUGUCUGUUUUACACUACGAUGAUUUUUGAAGAGGCUGGAAGUCGCAUUGAUUCGGAAUUGUCCGUAAUUAUCUACUGUUCUGUCGAAUUAAUUGCAACUUUAGUGGCCAUUUUCGUCGUGGAUAAAUUCGGAAAAAGGCCACUUUUGAUUACAUCAACAGCUGGUUGUAGCAUUUCCGUGUUUUUCCUUGCUACGUAUUUCUUCAUCAAAGAUUGGUAUCCCGACUUUGUUGAAACUUUUGAUUGGUUACCGAUUACAUCUCUGGUGUCUUAUAACGUCUUGUUUAGUAUUGGAUUGGCUUUCGGUGCGGUUUCAGUACUAAGUGAAUUAUUUCCAACAAAUGUUAAAGCCGUCGCUUUGGGCACUGCUGAUACCUUUUCGGUUAGUAUGGGAGCAGUGGCGUCGAAAUUUUUCCAAUUCACCAAAGACGAAUUUGGAAUGUACGUGCCUUUUUGGUUCUUUGCGACGUGUUCAGCUGUCGGAUUAAUCUUCAUCAUCAAGUUUGUACCUGAGACUAAAGGCAAGACUUUAGAAGAAAUCCAACAGUUCUUGAUUGCUGAUGGGAGUGACACAAGUGAGAAAGAGUGUAAGAAGAGUGAGUUUGGCAUUUGAUUGAUUUAAUGACGUGUGAAGGUUUUAACCGCAUGAAAGACACUUGGUUAGGCAAGAUAUUAGUGGUUCUGCAGAUAACGUUACAGAAGCCGUACAUUACGUGCUUCCGCAUUGUGAUAUUGUUUUUUAUUUAUAGAAAUUGUAUUUUUUUAAUGAAAAUAAUAAAAACCGAUCAAUGA